GCCGUCGCCGCUGGGACGCGCGGCCUGAGGCGGCCGGGGCUGAUCCUGCGCGCGCCGCUGCGUCUGUAUCUGUGUGGGGCAGAGGACUCGCCCGCUGACCCUCCCGCGGAGCGCCCCCUCGGCGUUCUAGUGGUCUGGAGGUCCCGGGGCUCCUUCCUAAUAGCCCGGGACGGAGUCUCCUCCAGUCGGGACCUUCUCCUCAUCCACUGAGGAGGGGUGGACCCCUGCCGCUGUAUCUCCCCCAAACUGGGUCCUUCCUCUGCCAUCUGUUCACACUCACACGGACGGCAGAGAGCUUCACCAUACUGUUUGCCUUCCUUUCCAACUCCAGAACCUUCUGACCUCCGCUAGUUCCUGCUAGCCCCUGCCGGCUUCCCAGUGCGCCCCGCUCGGAGACACCCUCACGCCCCAUACACCCUGGGUCUGGCUCGGUGCCUGCGGGCCCCUGCCUGAUCACCCCUUCUCUCGUCGCCACACCCUUAUCCUUCAGUCCCCUGUUUUCACCUUCUGUUCUCUACCCCUCACUCCCUUUGUCACCUCUUGAAGUCCCUGCCUAACCAGGGGCCAGCCGGUACCCCCCUACCCCAAGAUGUGAGCCCCUUUAACCUGUAAUGCUCUGGCUGACCCUUGGCCCCUUCCAUGCCAUGGAGAACCAGGUGCUGGUGAUUCGCAUCAAGAUUCCAAAUAGUGGCGCGGUGGACUGGACAGUGCACUCCGGGCCGCAGUUACUCUUCAGGGAUGUGCUGGAUGUGAUAGGCCAGGUUCUGCCUGAAGCAACAACUACAGCAUUUGAAUAUGAAGAUGAAGAUGGUGAUCGAAUUACAGUGAGAAGUGAUGAAGAAAUGAAGGCAAUGCUGUCAUAUUAUUAUUCCACAGUAAUGGAACAGCAAGUAAAUGGACAGUUAAUAGAGCCUCUGCAGAUAUUUCCAAGAGCCUGCAAGCCUCCUGGGGAACGGAACAUACAUGGCCUGAAGGUGAAUACCCGGGCUGGACCCUCUCAACACAGCAGCCCAGCAGUCUCAGAUUCACUUCCAAGCAAUAGCCUGAAGAAAUCUUCUGCUGAACUGAAAAAAAUAUUAGCCAAUGGCCAGAUGAAUGAACAAGACAUACGGUAUCGAGACACCCUUGGUCAUGGCAAUGGAGGCACAGUCUACAAAGCAUAUCAUGUCCCAAGUGGGAAAAUAUUAGCUGUAAAGGUCAUACUACUAGAUAUUACACUGGAACUUCAGAAGCAAAUUAUGUCUGAAUUGGAAAUUCUUUAUAAGUGUGAUUCAUCAUAUAUCAUAGGAUUUUAUGGGGCAUUUUUUGUAGAAAACAGAAUUUCAAUAUGUACAGAAUUCAUGGAUGGGGGAUCUUUGGAUGUAUAUAGGAAAAUUCCAGAACAUGUCCUUGGAAGAAUUGCAGUAGCAGUUGUUAAAGGCCUUACCUAUUUGUGGAGUUUAAAGAUUUUACAUAGAGAUGUGAAGCCCUCCAAUAUGCUAGUAAACACAAGAGGACAAGUGAAGCUCUGUGAUUUUGGAGUUAGCACUCAGCUGGUGAAUUCUAUAGCCAAGACGUAUGUUGGAACAAAUGCUUAUAUGGCGCCUGAAAGAAUUUCAGGGGAGCAGUAUGGAAUCCAUUCUGAUGUCUGGAGCUUAGGAAUCUCUUUCAUGGAGCUUGCUCUUGGGAGGUUUCCAUAUCCUCAGAUUCAGAAAAACCAGGGAUCUUUAAUGCCUCUCCAGCUUCUGCAGUGCAUUGUUGAUGAGGAUUCGCCCGUCCUUCCGGUUGGAGAGUUCUCCGAGCCAUUUGUACAUUUCAUCACUCAGUGCAUGGGAAAACAGCCAAAAGAAAGGCCAGCACCUGAGGAACUGAUGCAUGCACUUCGGCUGUGGUAAAAGUACGUAUCACAUACAUAUUAAAAACAUAUACCCAUUCUAUCUGUAUGUAAAUGCGUGAGGCACAGCUGGAUAUUGCAGAGGAGUUUGAUUUACUAAUAGUUAUUAUCUGUUCUAGCUGUUCAGUGGCAGAAAGAAUUUCAGAGAAACAAGCUGGCGCAGAAAUUGUCUUUAUGCUAUUACUAUACUGCUUUAGUAAUUGUUUAAAAACAUGGGUUUUCUCCUUAGAUUCUAAUAAUGCCUGUUAUUUUGUGCAUUUCCUUGUACAUUCCAGAGCAGGGCGUCCUCAUUUAGCAUUUCCUUGAAUUUGGUUUUCAAUCCAUGCAUCCAAAAAGAAACACAGUGUGCAGUUUGCAAUUGAAAUUUGACAUUUUGCUUAGAAAACAAGUAAAUAGUGGUUCUGGAAAUACAAGAAGCAGGUGUGGGUCGUAUGGUGUCAGUUAUAAUCAGAAUAAUACUCUUGGAUUUUUUUUUCCUCAUGAAAUCCCAGCAGCUGCAAACUUGAAGGCAUCUCAUUUCUCAGUGAAGGCUUUAUGUAUAAGAGGUGGUAAUGUUUGGGGGCUAAUAAACACCAAACUGCUCUAGAAAAAUCUGUUUAAACAUUUAAUUACUUGCUAAGAGAUGUUAACUUGUUUAACUCCUCUAAAUUACGUUGUCACUGGUAGCUUUUCUGCUUUUCAAAACCAGAUUGUAAUUACAUUUUCAGAUUGUUUGGUUGGUAGUUCUCUCAGUUAAUCAAGGUGUAUGAUAAACUGGGUAUCUGCAUGGUCCCUUUAAAUAUUAAAAUGCCACCAUGUUAGAUUUUUGUCUCUUUAGCACUCAAAUUCCAGUGUGACUUUGGAGUUUACACCAAAUGGCUUUGUUUGCCAUUAUUAGACCCAAACCUUCUGAUCACUGUGAAAGAUAAAAUAUACUGGACAACUAAGAAGAUGAUUUUAUUCAGGUUAUUGCAAUAGGAAGAAUGUUUAUUAAUGAGAAACAGCUCAAAGAAAAGGGAAGGGGCCAAGGUUUGGUGGAGGUAGGUGAACAAGGAGUCAUCAGGGUGUCUUACAGAAAGAAGGGAAAGGAUCUUACCUAUGUAAGAGUGGGUGCUCCUUGCUGGUUAACAAAAGGGUGGGGGCACUUCUCACGCGCCUUUUGGGAGCACAGGGCUCAGAUAAAGUUCAACAUCAUUCUAAAGGGGCCAGCGAUGAGUUUCAGUUUAUUUUGAUUCAGAGCUUUUAUGUGCCCUAAGCACAAAUAUGAAGGAAGGCACAUUUCCGUAGCCCCCUUGGAUUGUGCUCAUGGAUCACUGUGCUUGCAAAUAUGUAAACUUUUUAAAAUACUAAUAAUGGUUGAUAAGCAGUUGUGAACUUUAGCUAUUGCCUUUGUUAUAUACAGCAUGUUUUAUUAAUAAAAUAAACCUUUAAGACCAGGCUCAUGUGUCUGGCCUGCCAUUCUUACAGACACCAUUUUGCUCUUGCUUAUUCAUUUGGAGGCAGUUCAUCAGCUAUCUCACCCAGAACUUGCAGGAAGAAAUCCUGACUGGGGUUAUAACUUCAACUAAAUACUUCCUCCUUCAUGCACAAAAGUCAUCACAGGAGCAUGGGGGCCCCAGGUGGGGUCAGUUGACAGCCAUGUAAUUUUUUUUUCCAAGUCCUGAAGGCCAUUAAAAUCAUCUGUUUGAGUCUGCUUAUAAAUAGGAAUCCACUAGUAAAGAAGUUGAUUUUAGCUUUUUAAUUGCACAUAAUUACAACGGCAGAAUCACUGGAUGCUUGAGAUCGCACUAAAUCAGACAGCUUUAAUUUGAAUUUUUGAUGACACAUUAGCACUUCAGCAAGAACAGAGAGAUUAUAACCCCAGAAAACAGGCUUUGUUUUUCCAUAGAUGUGACUCCUUAAUCUUUUCAUGAGAAUUUAGCAGAUAAAUACAUAUGUGUGUGUAUACAUAUAUCUUUAUGUAUGUGCAUAUAGCAAUAGACAUACAGAUAGAUAAAAUCUGUCAUUCCUUGAUCACAGUGAUCUGACAGUUUUAAUUUCCCAGUAAAGAAUAACUUUUUCCUCCAUCACUCAAGUCAGAUCUCUUAAUAUGGUGAUGAUUUGUCUGUUUAAUAUUGCAGUUGUUUGAACUCAUGCCUGCAGUGCUGCUUUCGUGUUUUAUCGGGCUGACUGUCAUCUUCCCCGCAUCUCAUUUCAAGGCACAUUGAGACUGUGUCGCAUUCAUUUAUUGCAGGAAGAGUUUGGUAAUGUUGGCUGCGGUAAAGUGGGUCAGUCAGGCUGCUCCUCAGUGUCGUGCCAGAUUCACAGGGGCUGAGGUGGGUUUUUGGUGUGUAAUGUUACACAUCAGUUCCUCAUCUGACCCUGCUCAGCUCAUUGGAGGUUUCUGCUCUGUGGACAGGGUCCUCUGCCUAGAAGGCCCCCCUUCUGCUUGAAGACCUUCAUCCUCCUCCCUGUGGCUUUUCCCCACUCUUCCCUUCACAGUUCCUGCUCCCUCCUCUGAAGCCUUCCAGAGUGUAUUGUGUCUAACUUGGAAUAGUACCUAAUUAUACUUUCAUCUUAAAGCCACGAGUUGUUCCGUGUAGUACAGUGGUUCUUAACCCUGGCAGUUCAUCAGAAUUAUCUGGAGGUUUAAAAAAAAAGAUAGGAAAAAAAUGCCUGGAUCUCAACCAGAUCAAAGAAUCUCUGGCAUUUGGGUUAGGGAGCAGGUACUGUUUUUUAUUUUUUAAAGCUGUCUAGGUGAUUACAAGGAGUAGCCGGAAGUUAAACUCAUGAUUUAAUGCAUUUUUUUCCAACUAGACUGUAAGUCCCUCGAAGAAGGAUCAUGAUCUUAUAAUCCAUUGCCUAGUUUGGUCCUAUUUUGCUGUCAUUCAGGCAAAACACUAUUGGUUGUGUGUGCUCUCUGAUCCAAUUCAGUAAAACCAUACUAGAUACUGAACAGAUAAAGACAAAUAAGACAUGUCUCUUAUUCUCCAAAAACUCAUAAAGUAAAGCUGAAUCAACUGACCCAAGGAAAAGCAAUCCCUGUACAUUAUGAUAUACAGUAUAAAUUAGGGUAAGAUCAUACUAGAAUACAUGUUCUGAUAAAAUCUUUUUGUUUGACCGCCUGCUAGGAGAGGUCAUCUGGGUAAGAUAAUUUGGUGCUAAAAUAAUGAAAUUUCUAGGAUGUUGCAGUGUUUGCAGGGAUAAUCUUCAAAACAUUGAACAACCAGUAUAGCAUGGACAUAACCAAUCAGAACAGGCACCAGGGUUCAGCCAUCCCACCCUGGAUGUGUGGGCAGAACCAGGAAGUGCAGAGCAGGGGUUCAUCAGCAGCACCUGUGAGCUUUCACGUGCAUUCUGACCACUUGUUAACCUCUAACAGUUGAUUCCACUUCAAGAGGUCAUUAAGAGAGCAAAGACCUAGAGGACACCUCCUGGCCAGCUCUAUCUUUGCCUGGUUAGAUUGAUGGCAUGGGACCCCCGGGUUUUUAUCUAUCAGCAUAUCAGAUGCAUGCCACCCACUUGUCAGCCCUUGGGAAUAGUGGAUUCGGUUGAAAAAGACCAGAGACAUUCAGCCAUUUGUGGGGGAAAUGUAAAAGGAUCCUAAAGCUAGUCCCUGGGAUUUGGGAAUUGCUGUUGAAGGUAGUAAAGUUGUUUUCCUGUGAGUACACACCAAUAAAUAGAUGCAGUUUUUAUCAAUUAUUAAUGCGUCUAUCCAGGAAUUUCAAGGGCUGCAAAGAAUAUUAGAAGCCUCCUAUUUACAAUUGUAACCUGCUGGAUUUGUUUUAAUGGGUUGUUUGCUUUUUAAUUUGUAGCAGUUUGAGAGAGAUCUUCAGGGAUCAUGAGUCUUGUGGUUUCAGGUGCACAGUUAUUUGGGGGACCAAAUCUGCCUUCAGAUAAUUUGAGGUUCACUUGGCCAUUUAGAGCCUGCAGAAAGGCAUUGGAGACAUUUGGGCCUUCUGUCCUCUAUUUAAUUUUCAAGAUUAGAAUUAAACAUUAGGCCUUGGUCUACCGAGAGACAUUUGCCAGAGCAUGGACUAGUUUCUUUCCAGUAUCCUGGUUUACCGUUUCUCUGUUCUCUUAAUAUAAAUGGUCACUGAUUCUGAAGUAGGAGAAUAGGUACCGUUCGUUUAUUUGUGCAAAGGUUCCCUUGACACAAAUAAAAAUGGAAUUUUCAAAUGUAACCCGAUUAACUCUUAAUUGUAUACCAAUAGCCUCUGUGUGUCGUAGCUCCCUCAGAAGGCUUCUGAAUGGUCUGCAUCUCUUUUUAAAGUUGGGGGGAGGGGGAUUCAAUUAAUAGCAGGACUUUCUAAUUGUGGGAUUGGUGUGGCGUUGACAAAAAUUUGUAUAAAUAGGGUACAUUUUUCCACUUAAGAGGGCUGUGCUGAAACAUUUUUAAUUGGAUUUUCAUGGUGAUUGACAGCAUUUGAUUAUGACAGUAACUUUAUUUGGCUGGACUGCUUUAGCCUCUUGUUCAGAUUUUUCCAUCAAAGCUCCUUUUUAUCCUCUGAAUCCCCAGUGGAGCAGCAGUCAUUGUGGAAGAGCCUUUUAGCACCUUUGUUGUAGCCAUCCCUGGUGAUGAUUGGGCCCAGCUGGUAGUAGAUAAGAAAAUGUUCCUUUCACAAAGAGGCUGUGUCUCCCGCCUCUGCGGUUUCAAUAAUUUUAAGAGCCCCCAAAACCUGUUGAGGAUUAGAAGUAGCUUUAGAUGUGAAAUGAGUGUUAAGUAUUAGUAAUCGGGAGAUUAGGGCCCCAGGGACAAUGAGAGAUAAACAACUGCAAUUAAGGCAAAUCUGCCGAUGUAAACAAAAUUUAGCAGAAACAGAUGCCCUAACCAUUUUGGGGGAUUGAUUUGAGGGCACCAAGGAAUCGAUUUUUGUCUUGUUUACACUUUCAAACCCCUGUGAUAUACUGGAAGGCUAAAUAUUUCAUACAGCCUGAUUUUAGUUAAUUUUUUUUUCAGCGCCUCACAGUAGGCGCCUCUCUUCUCACAGUGACCAGGCCUGAGUUUAUUCAGCAUUCACAGGGAGCAGCUAAUUGUCUAUGAAGGGCCCCCGUGUUUAAAUGGGCUUGACAGGAAUUUAAAUUUUGUUUCAAUCAACCCCUGUGCUCACAGCCUGCUCCAGUUUCUAAUUUUUAAAUUAAACAUGAUUUUUUUUUUUUUAAGCCACAGCCUUGCCUCUGGAAUACUCUGACUCUAGCUCUCAGGAAGGCAGAUCAGCAACCCUGGAAUGCUGGUUUAGGCAGGGCCAGUGGCACCAGCUCUGUGCUGGAAAGUUCUUUCUCCAAAGCAAGCGUUCCUCCCCUGUCAGGAAGGUCAGCAGAGUUUCGGGGGCACAUACUCCUUCUUACCUUCUGAGGCGGCCCCCUUUCCAGCUCUCCUCUGCAGGCAGCGGUGCCGCGUCGUCCGGAAAGUGGGUUAAGUACCAAAGGAAGGCUCGAGGAUGCCUGGUAGGGGCUGGCUGAAUUAUAACCCACUGCACGUCUGGUACAGAUUUGUAUUUCAGAAGCCUUUUCUCCUGUUGCGAGAUAGGGAGAGAAUAUCAUUUGGGCAUCCAAAGGUGCAUUUCAGUAUGCGCUUGCCAUUUCUAUUUCCAGAGCAUCUGCUCUGUGCAGAGCAUCCUGCCUGAUGCUGAGGAAGCAGCAUGUCAGCCCUGAGGCCUGACCCCAGCCAGCUUACAGUCUAGCGAGGAAGAUAAGGAUAGAAAUGUCCAAGCUCACCUACCCCUCCCACCUGUGCCUGCCCCUUCACCUCAGGCCACUCCUUCACACACCAGAAUUCUGGCAUUCUCCCACAGUUUCUCAUGGCUCAUGCUGUUUCCUCACCUCCACACAAUGAACUCCUGCACAACCUCCAAGACCCAACUGGCACCGGCUCUGUGAAGCUUUCCUAAGCCUGCUUCAGUUGGGUGGAGGACUUCUCUUGCAUGUCAUCCUUCCUCCUUGCAAGUACCUCUCUUACUAUGCUGCCCACACGUUCUGGCAGAAACUUGUUUAACCUAAGAGGUAUAGUCCAUAAGUGAGACCAUGAAUCCUAGAGUACAAGAUCAUAUUUAGUUAUCUUUGUAUCCUUAGCAUCUAGCCUGAGUAGAAUGCUCAAAUAAAUGAUCAUUGAAUUAAAGUGAUGUGAAUUUAAAGGUGAAAUAAGUUCUGGGGAAGGAAAGAUUUCUUCCAGCUAGGACUGUCUGGGGAGGAUUUGGGAAUGGGAUGACAGGUAAGCUGGGCCUUGGGGGACAUUUGGGUAUUUAUGUGAGUAUAUUAUUUUUCUGCACAGAAAGGUCAAACAAAGCUUGCAUCAUUCGGAAAAAAACCAGACCCUCUAAUAGCUAUACUACCCAAAAUUUGUACUAUAAUUUAUUUUCUCUGAACUAACUUGAAAGACAUUGGAGUAAAAAUUUUAUAUAAUUUGGGGCUGAAGAUGAAUUCAGAAAGGAUUCUUUAUUUCUUUAAGAAAUAGGUCUCUUAAAUAGAAAUGAUUCUUUAUGGAUAACAUUUUAAAUCCUUGAAUUAGAGAGUUCUUUCAUAUAAGUUGUCUCAUUUGACCUUCACAUGAACACUGUAAGGAUUAUUCUUGUUCCCAUUUUAUUGAUGCAUAAACUGGGGCUCAGAGAGGUUUAACUUAUUUGCCUAGAGUCACACAGCCAGGAAGAACAGAGGACUUUUCUACUGCACUACAUCAAAGCUAUAUCCAUUUGUACAUAAUAGGCAGAGGAAUGUUACUGUGGUUUUGAGAAUUUCAGCUGAGUCUAACUAUUUCUUGCAGUCAGAAAAAUAAAACUAAAUACAAAUAUAUACCCUGCAAAGAAACUUGUAGCAUUCUGCAGUGUGCUUGUGAAGCCAUUGCCCCUCUAGGAUGCUCUGCUCAACUCCCUCCUUGUGGUCCCUUCCACCUUGGUGCCUCGUCCUGCAUCCACAGGGCCACGGGUGAGGCAGAGCAGAUGGCUGCACACACUCGCCAGCCCUCCCUAAGCGGCAGCAGCCUGGUGGAGGCUGAACCUCGGUACAAACAAAACACAAUAGGAAGAGAGAAAGUAAUUACCAGCACUUUGCACCUGGUCUGUUAGUCGUUUAUCGGAGGGGAAGCUGUGAGAAUGUGUAAGUUAUCAUUGUUUUUUGGUUUUGGCAACGUGCAGCAAAAACUGAGGGGAGAGUAUGUCCUUCAGUUGUCUGGCCGCACACUUUUCCUCCUUUGCAGUUCUAUCAUCAUGGUUAUGGAAAUGAGUGGCUUCCAAGAGAUGUUGUUCCGUGGGUUUGGGAGAAAUUUCUUUUGACUCAGCAAACUACUGAGCCCAUUCCAUGUGCAGAGGUGCUAUAGUUUAGUGAUUCUCAAAGUAUGGGCUGUGGACCAGUGGUAGUAUCUGAACUGUUUCUUUUUGGUUUGGUUUGGUUUGGUUUGGUUUGGUUUGGUUAGGUUUCGUUUGGUUUUGAGA